AUGGUUGUCAAACAGAAAGUACUCCUUCUUGGAGCUACCGGCGAGACUGGCGCUUCUAUACUCAAGGGCCUGCAGGAAUCUGGUAACUUCGAUAUUGAAGUCUUGGUGCGACCGGCUUCCAAGAAUAAGCCAUCGGUCCAGAAGAUUCAGGAGCAAGGCAUCAAGAUAUGGUGCAUAGAUAUCAAUGAAUCAAGCGAUCUCAUGUCUGCACUGUCUGGUGUUGAUGUUCUUAUUAGCGCCAUUGGACCUCACGGCCUACUGGAGCAAAAGAAGCUACUCCAAGCUGCAAAGUCGGCAGGCGUCAAGCGGAUAGUACCAUGCGCUUUCAUUACGGUCGCACCCCCACGUGGUGCUAUGUUGCUUCGUGAUGAGAAAGAAGAAGUUUACAAUGACAUCAAAUUCCUUGGUAUCCCUUACACUAUUAUAGAUGUCGGGUAUUGGUAUCAGAUCUCAUUCCCCUCUCUCCCGUCCGGCAAAGUGGACUAUGCAAUGAUAGUGCCAAACAGCACUAUCCAUGGCGACGGCACAGCCCCCAACAUUCUUACCGACCUACGUGAUGUUGGCCGAUUUGUCGCACGCAUCAUAUACGAUGAUCGAACUCUGAACAAAUAUGUCUACACAUAUGGGGACAUUCUGAGCGAGAACGAAAUCAACCGUAUUGCCGAAGAACUCUCUGGAGAGAAAGUCGAACCGACCCCGAUGUCAAACGAGCAGAUUGAAGAUAGCGUUGCACAGGCCAAAGCUGCUUUGUCCCAGAAUCCUCAGGACCCGAUGAAGCGUACUGUCCUUUAUAUUUCCCAAUAUAAGCAUAGCAAGUAUGUACGCAAGGACAACAGUCCUGCUUACGCGGACUAUCUGGGUUAUCUGGAUGCCAGAAGCCUCUACCCGGAGUUCACACCCUUGUCCUUCCGAGAAUUCUUUGUGGAGGUACUCGCUGGAAAGAUGAAAAAGGUGUAUUCUAGCUAG